AUGAAUCAUAUUCUAAGUCUCCGGGACAAGUUUGUCGAAGUGUCCGGACAGUCAGACGAGAAGUUGUCUGGCAUGAUUGAAACCGCAAAACGAUUUCAUGACGGCCUACAACCACUGAACAAAGAGGUUGAACAACUUCAAAAUAGAAUAAAAAACCUGGAGUACUGCAUCAAUGGCCUGUCUCACGUCCAGGACUUCUACAAAACCGGCCGUGAGGUGGAACACACCAUCUAUGAGGGGUAG